UAAGUGAAUCACAACAAUGGCCGCCUGGCGCUGUAGCAUUUUACCUGUUGUGGUCUUUUUAAGCAUUUAACACUUUUAUAGUUUUGACUGUUCGUCACAGAGUGUUAGGCAUGCAGAGGUGAGUGAGUGAGUGUGUCGCAUAGAAAACAAGAAAGCUGCAGUGCCCGCUUUUUGUGGCCAAAAUGAGCGACGUUGUGGAGAAAACGCUGACAGCUCUGCCUAGCCUCCUGUCGUUAGACUCUCAACCCGGAGCCGCAAAACUAUCUUCCACCUCCAAACUCGGAAUCUUCAUCAGAGGAAUCACGGAGCUGACGUCCAAGCAUGAAGAAGAAAAACUGAUUCAACAGGAACUGGCUGCUAUUAAAGAUCAAGCGUCAUCCCCAAACACAUCCAUGCGGCAGAUGAAGGAGCUCAUGGUGAGAGCCAUCUACUGUGAGAUGUUGGGUUAUGAGGCGUCCUUCUGCUACAUUCAUGCCAUCAAACUGGCUCAACAAGGCACUGCAUUGGAAAAGAGAGUUGGUUACCUCUCUGUGGCCUUGUUUCUUAACGAAAGUCACGAGCUGCUGCUUCUCCUCGUAAAUACAGUUCUAAAGGAUCUUCAGAGCACAAACCUUAUUGAAGUGUGCAUGGCUCUGACUAUUGUCAGCCAGUUAUUCCCCAAAGACAUGAUACCUGCAAUCCUCCCUUUGGUCGAAGAGAAGCUAACUCACCCAAAAGAAAUAAUUAGAAGAAAAGCAGUUCUGGCACUAUACAAAUUCUACCUAACCGCACCCAACCAAGUUCAACACAUCCACAACAAGUUUCGCAAAGCUUUGUGUGACAAGGAUCCUGGUGUUAUGACAGCCUCUCUGCACAUCUACUUACAGAUGAUCAAGGAGAAUCCAGAAGGUUACAAGGACUUAACAGGGAGUUUUGUCACCAUACUGAAGCAGGUGGUGGCUGGAAAACUUCCAAUGGAUUAUAACUAUCAUAGUGUUCCUGCUCCUUGGCUUCAAAUCCAGCUUCUCAGAAUUCUGUCCUUAUUAGGAAAGAGUGACCAGCGUACAAGUGAGAUCAUGUAUGAAGUUCUUGAUGAGUCCUUACGAAGAGCAGAGAUGAACCAUAACAUCACUUACGCAAUAUUGUAUGAAUGUGUAAAAUGUGUUUACACAAUUCAUCCAAAGGCUGAACUACUGGAAAAAGCUGCAAAAUGUAUUGGCAACUUUGUUCUGUCACCGAAGAUUAACUUGAAAUACAUUGGCUUGAAAGCGCUCACCUACGUGGUCCAGCAGGAUCCGAAACUGGCCCUGCAGCAUCAAAUGACCAUCAUAGAAUGCCUGGAUCAUUCGGACCUCAUCAUCAAGCGCGAGACACUGGAGUUGCUCUUUAGAAUUACAAACGCCCAGAAUGUAACCGUCAUUGUGGAAAAGAUGCUGGACUUUCUGCGUACCUGUCAAGAUGACUACACUACCAUUGACCUGGUCGGGAAGGUGGCCGAAGUGGCUGAAAAAUAUGCACCUAACGACAACAAGUGGUUCAUUGACACCAUGAACACUAUGUUCUCAUUGAGUGGAGACUUGAUGCAACCUGAUAUCCCCAACAAUUUCCUUAAACUGCUGUCUGAAGGGCUUGAUAGCAUGGAAGGGGACACAGAGUUGAGGCGCUUUGCUGUGGAUUCUUAUGUGUCUCUGCUGCACGGAGAGCCAGGCAAUCUGCCUCAGUGCUUCCUGCAAGUCAUCAGCUGGGUCCUUGGCGAAUAUUCUCAUUUGAGAACAGAUCUGGAGCCAGCCACAGUUCUGAAACUUCUGGCCAAGCUUUUGAGCUUGAAGCAUUCCAGCAGUGAAACAAAAAGCUGGGUCCUCAUGGCAAUGACCAAGGUCUGUGAGAGUGAAGCAGGUAUGGAUGUUCUUCAAGGAAUAUGUGAAACGUACUGCAGCUCCAUGGACACCGUGCUGAGACAAAGGGCGCAGGAGCUACAGAACCUUAGCCUGCACGCUGAGCUGAGGGCAAAGGUGCUACCUCAAGAUGUUUCUGUGGAACCUGUGGAGGUAGAUUCCUCUCUGUCAUUUCUGGAUGAAUUUGUGUCGGAAGCGCUGGCUGCUGGCGCUGCUCCUUACAAAUCUCAUCAUCAACGUCAGGAAGAAUUUGUCCAAGAAAAAGUUUUAAGCCUGGAGCCCUACAGCCUGUCGUUACCUAUCGACAUGUCUUCAUGCAGCAUAGCUGACAGACAAUCUCCCACGCUGCCAUCAAUGAGCUCUGGUCUGUCUGGUGACAGCACAGAUUUCUCGCACAAAGCAGGUGCCACAACUCUAAAGCUGGAGAAAGUAAAACGAGUGUGGGGUAGAGAGGGCUACCUGGCCCAGAGGGAGCCUGCAGAGGAACCUGCUCCGGUUGAAGCACCCAGUCCAGUCCAUCCAGUGGAGCCGGUGGGUGAAAUCAGCGUCUCCCAGGACCAGACUUUAUCUACAACUGUUGCUGGCAAACUAGAGAAGCAGCAGCUAGCGUCCUCUCUUUUUGUCGGCCUGGGCUCCCAGACAUCUGUGUCCUUGAUGGGAAAGUCAGAGCAGACGCCCCAGAGGUUUAGGAGGAAGGCCAAAGGUCAGGUCUCAUCCUCAGAAGUCAGCAAGCAAACACCCAACUCUGUCAUCGCCCCUCCCGACAGCGUGGACAACCUGCUGUGUAGCAUUCUGCUCGAUUCAAACACAGACCCUGAAACAUCUUUACCCACACCCAAACAGAAUGGUAUUGCCCCUUUAGAGGGCGAGCAAUCUGAGAGUGACGUGAAGACGCUCAAGACUAGUCUCACCAUGGAUAACGGCCAAAUGGCUGCCGACUCCGUUCAGACUGAAGAACCAGUCACGACUAAAGAUAUAUGUUUGGCCUCCUUCCUCCCUGCUGACUGCAUCGGAGCGACCCAUUCUGAAAUCACUCCUUUGUGUUCCAGCCAGUCUGUGGAUCUUUUUGGCUGCCAUGUGCACAAAGAACAAUGUUUGGAGCUUGUUGUUUUCAUUUUCAACUCCUCCUCCACUUGUGUGCAGCGUUUACUUGUGCAGCUGGACUCAGAAGAAGUUGUGGUGUCCUGUAUCUGUGAGAGUCCAGUAGAGGAGGUGAAGAGCCACGGUGUAGAAGUGUGCCAUUAUUCCCUGACUGUCAAGAGGCCUUCAGUUCAUCUUGUAGUGUCAGGACAGGUUUCUUUCCUCAUGCCUACUGGGACUCCCCACAAAGCCAAGUUCUCAUACAAACUCCCUCUUAUCUCAUUCAUCAGACCUUUGGCCCUGUCCACAGAGGAGUAUGGGACAAUGUGGCUGGCCUUUUCGCAUGAUACAAAGCAGAACCUGACGCUUAUCACGGGUCUCCAGGAUCCUCUAAGAGCCACUCUGAACGUGCUGGAGAGGAAACUCCACAUUCAUGUGGUGGAGAUAAUAGGAACGGAAGGAAUUGUCGCUUGCCAGCUCCUGCAGGACCAGCCGUGUUUGAUGCACUGCAGAGUACACGCUGGCACGCUUGCCGUGUGGCUGCGCUCGCCGGUCCCCGACCUGCCCGACUGUCUGCUCUACCACUGUCAGAGAGCUUUACAGGAACACUGAAGACUGGCACUGCUGAGCUGCAUCAGCUCAAAAAACUGAACAGAAAGGGAGUUGACUGAUGCCUGGUGUCUGCAUUACAGUGUUUAUUACAUGGAUCAUGCACUUGGACACCGUUUUUGAAGAGAAAACGCACGCUUAAGCUCUGGACCCAAAGAUUGAAAUCGUCAAAAUAACACAAAUGUCUUAAAUUUCUGACAGGGCUUCAUAGGGAUUUGAUCAUUCUCGAGGCAAUGACAUUGUUCAUUCAGUAUGUCUUACAGUGUUGCUAUUUUUAGUCUGAGUUGAUCAAUACAUCAAUGCUGAAUACUUGAAAAGAAAAAAAAUAUGCUCGCAUUAGCUGGCUAGCAGAAAAUGCUGAAAAAUUAUUGAAGAUUUAAUAUGUGUUUGUCAUAAAAUAUGCUGCAGUAUUUGAGGGAAUACCCAACACUAUCUCAUUGUAAAGCUGAUAUUUAUAAGUAAGAGUACGUUAAAAGUCUUAAUUAUGGCGAUGAAUCUUCCUCUCCAUCAUCUCUUUCUCAUGUGGCCAUCUAUGCAUUCAUCUUUCCGGUAGUCAUUUUGGUGAGAGGCGGAUUGUAGCUAAUACAAUAUAUUUUUUUUGUAUUCAUGCAAUCUUGAAUAUGCAUAUUUAUUGGCUUUAUAUUCUUAGUAAAAAUAUUUUUUAUGAGUUUGAUUUGAAUUAACAAGCGUUACAGUACUGUUUGUCAGAUGGAGGGGAAAAAGGACAAGCAAAACCUAAACCUAUGCCUUAUGUUCUAAAGCCAAGGUGUUUUAUUUGUGCCUGUGGUACAGAGUUAAGUAAUAUGCUUGAUGCACUAUGAUUCUACUAACUCCAAUAAAUUCACCAUGUCAUCUUUAUCAUGAUUGGAGUUGAUGUGUAUUAACUAAUAACAGUCAUCUUACAUAUUUAGUCAUUUUCAGUUAACAGUGCUGUUCAAUGUAAUUGUUAAAUAUUUAAAUGGGGUAUAAAUUACCUAAAUUAUAAUUAGGGGGUCCAAUGAUAUACAAAAUUACAAUGCAUUUGUGUUAUGGUUUGAUACUUUUGCAUACAAAAAACACUUUUUUUUUUUAAUUAUAAUUUUAUUGAAGUUGCCAACAUUUUUCUAACCUGCCUCUUUUUGAUUUACUUUUAGUUUUUUGUUUUUACUUUUAGUUUUAGCUUUGCUGGUGCUGCAGCCCUGUUGCAAGUUAAUAUUUAUUUCAGUGUCUGAUUGAAUGUUAACACAUGGUUACUUUAUUGAUUGAUUGUUAGGCAAUAUUUACCUUUCCCCACAAGGUGAUACAAGUACAAAGAGACAAUUAUUUACAAUGUUUUGACAUAUGGACUUCAGCAAGGGUAGCCAAUUAAACC